CUUUCCACCAGCAGAUGGAGACAGAGUCAGGCGGAGUGGGCGUCCUGCUCCAUCACUUGACUCCAGACUGGUUGAGCGAGUGAAGAAAUCAUGAAUCAUCACUCAGGAUUAUAACCCAAUACAUACCAGACCGUGGUGGCUUAUCAUAUACAAUCUUCACACCUCUUCAAAGUCACACCAUUUGUGUCUAGUAUCUAGUGCAUAUAUAUACAUCGGUCUUUUUUUUAUUACAAUUGUGUGCACUUAUUAGUCCUUCAACAGUCCGUGGGAUCGCCCUGCUCACCGCGCCUAGCUGGUGUCCAACUGGACUACAAACUUCACUUGUGUGGAAAAGAUGGCUGACAACGGAGUGCACACCACCGAGGAGGACCCUGCCGCCGCUUUCCUGGCUCAGCAGGAGAACGAAAUCGCGGUGAUCGAGAAUGACGACGAUGGGUUCGGAGCCCUGGAAGGAACCGACGGCGAGCAGCCUCCCCAGGAGCCCCUCUACGACGGUUUUGGAGAGGAACCUGCCAUAGUCAACGGGGAUAUGUUCCCGGAGUCCAAUGGCCCAACUGACAGCUAUGCAGCCAUCGCUCAGGUCGAUCAGCUGAGGCAGGAGCCGGAAAGCCUACGCAAGUGGAGGGAGGAACAGAAGGACCGCCUCGAAGAGCUCGACUCAGCCUCCAAGACGGCUGAGGCGGAGUGGAAGGAGAAGGCCAAGAAGGAGCUGGAGGAGUGGCACGUGCACCAGAAUGAGCAGAUGGAGAAGAACAAGGCGAACAACAGAGCCUCAGAGGAGGCUCUGAUGGCGGAGAGUGACGGAGGAGACACCGGAGCCCUAGGGACCGAGUGGGAGCGGGUGGCCCGCCUCUGUGACUUCAACCCCAAGACCAACAAGCAGGCGAAGGACGUGUCUCGAAUGCGCUCGGUCCUCAUCUCCCUCAAACAGACGCCACUCGUUCGCUAGUGCACUCAUUUCAUCCAUUUAACAAUGCCUUUUUUUGAUUUUCGCUUUUUUUUUAUUGAGUUAGCAUCACACAAAUGUAUAUCCUGCAUAACUUUUGAGGCGUUUUCCUGAUAUUUAUAACAUUUUGAAAAGCAGACCGGUAUGUUACAAAAUUGUUGAUGAAUGACACCUCGCUGGAAUGGGAGAGAAGAUAGAAGUCUGUUCAAUUUGGGUGGUCAUCCUUUAGCUUACCAUAGCUAUACUGAAGUAAAUAUUGUUACUGUAUAAAGUUCUCCUUUUACUUUGCCCUUGCAUUUAACAAAGUUACUAUGUUAAUUGACCGCAUGCUUUUGCCAAUUUUGAUGUGCCGUGUUUUUUUUUUUAUAAAUUAGCAUUUUAGGUCAAUUAAUUUUUAUUGAGGUUAAGUCAACCAUACAGGAAAUAGAUUGUAACCAGUUCUGCCUGUUGGGAAAGAAAAACAUAACAUGCUGUUAUAAUUUGCUGUCUGGAUUCCCGAAUUACGUUUCAAAUCUCGAGAAAUGUAAACGAUCCAAGCAUGUGGCCUUUUUAAUUCUGACCUGCUACUGUUACCGUUUUUGUUUUGAGUCAAAAACAUGUUAAUAUUUGAUUAGAAAUGCAGCAAGGGUUUUCACAACAUGUACACAAUCUUCAACAAUAAUUUGCAUUCUUAAAGGGGUUUUCAUUGGAUUCAACCAACUUAAUUGAAAAUGUUUUGUCCAACACUAAGUUAAAAUGUAAUUUUAAGAGCAAUGUAAAUGUUUAUUUCAGUAGAACAGCCUAUGUAGUCAUGUUUAACAUGUUGCCUAUAUGGCCAUUAUGAUUACUGAGGGGGAAAAACUAUUUUAAGCGAACUGGAAAGAAUAAAAAUGACGGAAUCACAUUUGACGUUUAAUUUACUGAGUCACACUA